CAAGAAAAGUAUAUUCAAGCUGAGAAUCAUAAAAGAAAUCUUUGUCUGUUAUAAAUCGCAAACACCAAAUAUGGAUCGCAUCCAGAUUGGCGAGGAGCUGUUCUUCCAAAGAAGCGACGGUCGCGUCCAUCCGGUUGUCUGCACUGCCAAGAAUCUGGAGCAGGAUUCCAUAACGGGUGAGUGGACCGAGGGCACGGUGAUCAAGGGUAAGGAGGUGCCAUUAAGCACGCUGAUUGGCAUCAAUCGCCAUAUCUUCGCGGAGAAUCAAUCGCCGCCAUCGAAGCUAAUGAACUCCCUGAUGCCGAAGCCAAGGGCUCGCAGUCCGCCCGGAGCACCUAGCUCGAUUCGUAAGACCCACACUGGAAAUCCGUACGCAGAGCGCCUCAGAGUCCCAGACUGCCGCAGUAAAAUUGCCACGCGAAAGACGGAUCCUGCUCCGGCGGGAGCGGGAAAUCGUGAGCAGGGUCGAUCUCACACCCCGCGGGUGGCCACCUGCAGGCCGAUCCGUGAUGCCAGCCCCACCCAAGGUCGCAGGGCACAGGGUGGCCCCAAAGGGAGCAGCAGCAACCAACGCUGUUCCAGUGUCGUGAGGGAGGUGAACCGCAUGAAGGACGAGAGGGAGAAGCGACGGGCUCGCCAGGUGGAGCAGCUGCAGGAGAAGGAUGCAAUGCGUCGCCAGGAUCCGGGGAAUCCCAACUGGGAGGUGUCGGCAAUGUUGCGCCAAUACCGCACAACCUUGAUCUUUUCGCCACUGCGCUGCCUGGAUCCCCAUGGAUCCACUGUUCAGCAAAUUACGGUGUGUGUGCGAAAACGACCCUUGAGCCGCAGGGAGGAGAACACCAAGAACCUGGACGUCAUCACAGUUCCCAGUGCCGACACCCUGAUCGUGCACGAGCUGCGCCUCAAGGUGGAUCUCACCAAGUUCCUGGAGCACCACAAAUUCCGUUUCGACUACACCUUCGACGAGCAGUGCUCCAAUGCGCUGGUCUACGACCAUACCGCUCGUCCUUUGAUCAGGACCAUGUUCGAGGGCGGCAAUGCCACUUGUUUCGCAUACGGACAAACUGGCAGCGGAAAAACGCACACCAUGGGCGGCGAGUUCUUCGGAAAGAUUCAGGAUUGCGGGACCGGCAUCUACGCCAUGGCAGCCCGCGAUGUCUUCGAGGAGGUAGCUCGUCCGGAGUACAGGGAAAUGGGCGCCAAGAUAACGUGCAGCUUCUUUGAAAUCUACGGCACCAAGGUGUUCGAUCUCUUGCUGCCCAACAAGCCGCAGCUGCGCGUCCUGGAGGACGGCAGACAGCAGGUCGUGGUGGUGGGUCUAACGGAGAUGCCGGUGACCAAAGUGGAGGAUGUCCUGCGGCUGAUUGAGCACGGCACCAAGGAGCGCACUUCCGGCCAGACCUCCGCGAACGCCAAGUCGUCGCGUUCCCACGCCGUCUUUCAAAUAGCACUGCACAUGCCCGAUUCCUGGGGUCCCUACGGCAAGUGCUCCUUUGUGGACUUGGCUGGCAAUGAACGCGGUGCGGAUACGCAAUCCGCCGAUCGCCAAACUCGCAUUGAGGGGGCCGAGAUCAACAAGUCCCUGCUGGCCCUCAAGGAGUGCAUUCGAGCCCUCAGCCGGCAGUCGAGCCACCUGCCAUUCCGUGGGUCCAAGCUGACCCAGGUCCUGCGCGACUCCUUUGUCGGCGGCAAGAAGAACAAGACCUGCAUGAUUGCCAUGAUAUCGCCAGCCAUGAGCUGCGUGGAGCAUACGCUCAACACACUACGUUACGCAGACAGGGUUAAGGAGCUUAUAGCCAAGGAGGAAGAUAUCUUGCAGUCCGCAGAAGGGGAAGCGGAUGGGGAUGGGGACAAGUCUCCCGAUCUCGAAGACGAAUCCGAGCCAGAAAUGCUGGCUGACGAGGAGCUCGACGAAGAGCAGGAGGAUGAGGAGAAUCGGCAUAUAACCAUAUCCUCCGAGGAGGCAAGCUCCUACACUCAAAACAUCAGUUUUGGCCAGAACUGUAACCACACCAUCGACAUACCCGUGGAGCUCCGAGAAGUGACUGAACAGCACGGACUUUUGGUAGAAUAUCUGGAGGACUACGCUCGCAAUUUCCGGGAACUGGCAACGAAAGUGGAACUGGAGCAAUACACGCAAAAUUCAGAAAGCUUAUUACUGGAACUGCUAGCAAUGGUGAGCCGUACCCGGGAUCUAACGCUCAACUACAACACGCAGAAAUUUAUGAACAAGGGUCACCAGAAUGCAUAUAAGGACGAGCAGGAGGAUUCCGAGUAAGAUAUUUUCCACCUACUAACCCAAGAAUAUGAAUCUAUUUUCUACCACUCUGUAUCUUUUCAAUUGCGUUUGGGGGAACCCCGAAUGGCUCAGAUUUCGAUUCGAUAAACAAGCAGUUAAUGAAAAUUCAA